UUGUGACUACCGCAGGCUCCUCCUGCAAUCUGCAAGAGGGGAAACUUCCCUGCAAUAGCGGCUCGAGCUCUGCUCCCAAGUGUCCUUGCCUCCUGACGAGAUCCUGCAAAAAGGAACCUUGACAGGCAAAAGCCACACACACAAAGUGUCAAUCUGCACCAGCGCACUCGCCUCUCCCGGCUUCUCUUGCUCUGCAGCUUCAGGUUGUUGCUGUUGAUGCUGGCUUCCGUUCUCUGGUCUUUCUGCCCUCCCUAAAACAAGGGUCCACCGGCAGGAAGAUCUACAGAUCUGCCAACCCUGAGUGAGUUAAUAACUCGCCUUUAGCGCUUCGAAUUUAAAGGAUGAUGUAAGUGAGGAGUUUCCAGCCAAAUCCAACAUGGGCGCAAACACCUCCAGCAAGUCACCACCGUUUGACGAGAACGAAGACGUCACCUUCGACCAUUUUGAAAUUUUGAGAGCCAUUGGAAAAGGCAGCUUUGGAAAGGUAUGCAUUGUCCAGAAGAAUGACACCAAGAAAAUGUACGCCAUGAAAUAUAUGAACAAGCAAAAGUGUGUGGAACGGAAUGAAGUGAGAAAUGUCUUCAAGGAGCUACAGAUCAUGCAGGGAUUGGAGCACCCUUUCCUUGUGAAUUUGUGGUAUUCCUUCCAGGAUGAGGAAGACAUGUUUAUGGUGGUUGAUCUGCUUCUUGGAGGAGAUUUGCGUUACCACCUGCAGCAAAAUGUCCGCUUCCAUGAGAACACUGUGAAGCUGUUCAUCUGUGAACUAGCAUUGGCACUGGACUAUCUCCAGAGCAGGAACAUCAUCCACAGGGACAUAAAGCCUGAUAACAUCUUGCUGGAUGAACAGGGACAUGUGCAUGUCACAGACUUCAAUAUUGCCACUGUGAUAACAAAAGACACUCAAGUCACCACUAUUGCUGGCACUAAACCAUAUAUGGCACCUGAGAUGUUCAGUUCUAUAAAACCCAUUGGCUAUUCCUAUGCUGUUGACUGGUGGUCAUUAGGCAUUACAGCCUAUGAACUUCUUAGAGGCCGGAGGCCAUAUCACAUUCGCUCUAGUACUGCUGCAAACGAAAUUGCCCACAUCUUCAAGACAGCCACAGUUAUGUAUCCUGCUGCCUGGUCAAAGGAUAUGGUGUCCUUAAUCCAAAAGUUAAUGGAAAUAAAUACAGAGGAACGGUUUUCUCAACUGACCGAUAUCCAAGACUUUGCUUAUUUGUCUGAUAUCAACUGGGAUGCUGUACUUCAAAAGACGGUAGAGCCUGGAUUCCUUCCUACCAAAGGGAAAUUGAACUGUGACCCAACCUUUGAACUUGAAGAAAUGAUCCUGGAGUCCAAGCCACUUCAUAAGAAGAAAAAGCGCCUGGCUAAGAAGGAGAAGGAAAGCGGCAAAAAUGAUUCCAUGGAGACCUGCCAGCUUCAGAAACACCUGGAGUCAAUCCAAAGGGACUUCAUCAUUUUCAACAGAGAGAAGAUGAGGAAACAGCAUAAUGAAAUGCAAGAGAACUUGACACUGACACAAACCAAAGACAAUCAGGAGGAAGACGACCAGAAUAAUAAUCUUUGAAGUCAGUUUAGCUUCUGCUAAGGUCUUGCUGUCCAAGGGCCAGACGUCUACUUUACCUACUUCAUGGAGCUCAACAAAUCAAACUGCACACUGCUAUCAAGACAAGGCAGGCAGCUUCCCUUGCUAUGGGCUCUCCAAACCAGAAGCUGAGUGUCUCCUUCCACCAUAAGGAGUUAGGGCCUAGUCUCUUGCAGCAGUGCAUAAGGCGCAAAUUCUCAUUUUAUGCCUUUUCUGAUGUUUUAAAAAAGCAGGAAAGAAGGUGGCGUUUUACCCUCAAAGGGAGCAAGAAUGGAGAAAGGCUAAGGUCAUAUUUUCUUUAUGUAGCUUUUCUGUGGCAGGAUGUAGGGGUUGCUGAUUAUUGGGCUCAGCCAACUGCCGGUAGGCAACGUUUUUAUUAAGUGUUUGUUAGGUGGGUGGAUGCAUAUUUUAAUAAAUGUUUCAAAGAGAUGGUCCGAAACUAAAAUUGUGCAAAUGGACAAGAGAGUCCAAUGUCAACACCAGCUUUUUCUGCACCAGCAACUACUCUGAUCUAAAGCUUAUAUUUAGUACACCAGCUCAAAAUAUUCAAAGAAUUGUUAUUUGCCAUGGGUUCCCCCCC